AAGAGCGUAUCGAAAAUACAAAAAUGUAUAAAAUAUUAUUGUUAAUGGCGUUCAGCCUUAUGACAUAUAAAAUCACUAGUUGCGAUGGAGAUCCUCAUUUAUGUCGUCAGCUUGUGACUGUAAAUUAUACCGAAAGGGUUACAAGACCCAUGGAGGACUAUGGAAACUUUGCCAAAUUUUUCAAGCAACUGAGUAUACCUGCAGGAAAAAAGGACGUGACCCUAACCAAAUUAGAAGAACAAGAAGUGUGUUGUGCAGGCUUCGAAAAAUCCACCGACGGAAAAUGUGUGCCCAUCCCAACCACAACCACAACGAAAACCACAUCGACUACAGAAACUAACGAGUCAACCGAAUCUACUGACUCAUCAUCUCCCCAAUCCGACUCAAUUGGCCAAGGAAAUGCGCCCAGCUCUUUGACGAAAUUAAAUAGUAACCACCACACUCUUAUAUUGGUUAUUGCUUUAGGAAUUGGUGCUCUAAUAAUCGUUUUAGCUUUUAUAAUUACUUUGCGUAUUCGCCAAAAGCGACGAUUCGCAUCAGAUAAUAGCAUCAACAUUGUGAAAUUUAAUUCUGAAAUGCAAACAGCUCUUUUGUAGGACUGAGAAAAAUAAAUAUUCACAAAUAGAAUACUUAAUAUUUAUGAAUGAAAAAAGAUAUCUUAAUUUCAUGUAAAGUACCGUGCUAAUCAGUUCCAUUCCAAAGUGGGAAGGCAAUAUAAGUGAAUUUCACAAUGAGGGAAAUGAAGCGAAACAAUAAAAAGUAAAGUUCAGUUUUAUUAUGAUAAGUACUUGUGGGGUGAUAAAAAGCAAAGCCUUUGUUUGCAGAUGAAU